AUGGCGUCCUCUACCACGCUCAAGCUCACAAACCGCUCACCGAAGCAGCCGAUCAAGCGUUUCCCCGCCAGCGUCGAGCUGCCGGCCGGCGCGACCGUCGAGGAUGUGAAGAAGGCCAUUGCCAAGCAGGCCGGUAUUGGCGACUUCAACCGCAUUGGUCUCUUUGACACGGCCACCAGGAAGACGCUCAAGGACCGCAAGGCCCUCGUCGCUGACAUCCCUGCCGUCUCUGACGCCGGCGAGGUGCUCGUCAAAGACCUCGGCCCCCAGAUUGCCUGGCGCACCGUCUUUCUCAUCGAGUACUUUGGCCCGAUCCUCAUCCACGCCGCCGUCGUCGCGGCCCGGCCCUACAUCUUCCCCGGCGGCGACAAGCCCAUGUCGAGCACGCAGUGGCUCAGCUUCGCCCUCAUCAUGGGCCACUUCUUCAAGCGCGAGUUCGAGACGGCCUUUAUCCACAAGUUCUCGGCCAACACCAUGCCCGUCGCCAACGUCUUCAAAAACAGCUUCUUCUACUGGGCGCUGUCGGGCCUCCUGUGUGCCGUCUCCAUCUACUGGCCACGCUCGCUCGCCGCCCGCGCCCGCGAGCCGACCAUGGACGCCGCCGGCACGGCCCUCUACCUCUUUGGCGAGACGGGCAACGCGCUCGUCCACUACUACUUGUCGACGCUCCGCGCGCCCGGCAGCACCGAGCGCAAGAUCCCGGCCGGCUACGGCUUCAGCUUCGUCACCUGCCCCAACUACAUGUACGAGAUCCUCGCCUGGAUCGGCAUCAUCAUCGUCAGCCGCGACUGGUCCGUGGCGCUGUUUAUCGCGAUUGGCGGCGCGCAGAUGUUUGUCUGGGCCAAGGGCAAGGAGAAGGCGUAUCGCAAGGAGUUUGGCGACAAGUACAAGAAGAAGCGCUUUGUCAUUCUUCCCGGUCUUCUGUAA